AUGUCGACUGAAAUGGACCCACAAGUGAUACAAUAUGUGCCAUUUAUGUCUUUUGUGCAUCCUUCAUUUUGGCAUAGCCUUACAGAUAUAAAGUUGAACGUAGAUAAAUUAAACGAAAACAAUAACCAAAUUACCGGUCGUUACACUUAUCGUGAUGAUGUUGGCACAGUGUUCGAAGUUGAUUGUACGUCCUUUAACAGGGUACCUGAUACUGAACAAUUCUAUCUCAAUGUCACUGGAACAGUUAUGAACAAAAACACAAUAGAAGACUUUAAGAAUAUUGAUAAAGCAGCCCUACUCAAUGGAAUAGGAGAACUUAUAUGGCCAACAAUUAAAGCAAAGACUUGGAUACCAAAUCCUAAAUGCCUAUUAAAUUUUAUUGUUUUAUCUUUUGCUGAUCUCAAAAAAUUCCAUUACUUUUACUGGUUUGCAUUCCCCAGUCCUAGUCAGCCUACUGUUUAUCUCAAACAGAAAAGUGAACCUGUCACAUCAAUUUUUAACAAUAAACAGUUGGAGGAAUUGGACAAAGGUUUCAAAUGUUUAGACACAGCACAGAAAUAUUUCUUUGUUAUUACAAAGAAUGGUGACAGCAUUGAAGUUGGUCCAUUAUCAACAGUUUUAGAUUCAAACAAAAGUGAACAGAGUGCUAAUGAUAUUGAAUUUUCAAAGAGGUUUUUUGCAUUUGCUGAUCCUAGCAAUGGAUCAAAUGCUGGAUGGCCUUUGAGGUUGUUGAUUGCCGCUUUAUUGGAUCACUGUCCUGAUUUGGGUGAUAUGAUUAUCACAGUUAUAGGACUGAGGUGUAGUGUUGGCGGUGGCAUAAAUAAUAGUUAUGUCUACAAUGUCAAAAUACCACAGAAUGUUCAAAAGACAGAUGCUUACGGUUGGGUUGGUUGGGAGAGGAACGAUAAGGGUAACUUUGGGCCCAAACUUGCAAACAUGUCUGCGUCAAUGGAUCCAAUUAAACUAGCCGAUGCAUCUUCUGAUCUCAAUAUAAAGUUAAUGAAAUGGCGUCUAGUGCCGAACAUUGAUAUCGACGUGAUGAGGAAUACCAAAUGUCUAUUACUGGGAGCCGGUACACUUGGAUGUCACGUUGCUCGUGGCCUCCUGGCCUGGGGUUUCCGUCAUAUAACUUUGUUGGACAACGGCAACGUUUCGUAUUCGAACCCGACGCGCCAAGUGCUGUUCAACCACAAAGAUUGCGUUGACGCGCGCAAGAAGGCGGUAGCUGCCGCAGACAACUUGAGACUGAUUCUGCCUACUGUACAAAGCCGCGGAAUAGUCGCCCACAUACCGAUGCCCGGGCACCCAGUCGGGGAUUCCCUGGUCGAGGAGACAAUGGCCAGCCUCAAACUGAUAAUCGAUUCCAUCAUUGAGCACGACGUCAUAUUCUUGCUCCUCGACACGAGGGAGGCAAGGUGGCUGCCAACGGUCAUCGCGGCAAACCACGGCAAGAUAGUUAUAAACGCUGCACUCGGGUUUGACAGUUACCUAGUAAUGCGCCACGGUGUUGCUCUAUCCAACCCGGGCAAUACCGCAUCCGUUGAUAACACUUUUGUACCGGGCGGCCAGUUGGGCUGUUACUUCUGCAACGACGUGACCGCUCCGGGCAACUCUAUGAAGGAUCGAACGUUGGACCAGCAGUGCACGGUUACGCGGCCAGGUGUCGCUUCCAUUGCGGGCGCACUGGCGGUAGAAAUGCUCGUCGGACUGUUACAACAUCCGCUGGGGGUGGACGCACCUGCAGUAUACAAUCUAAACGAUGAUGGCGGAGAAGAUGCCGAUAUGCAGGGUGUCCUAGGCCCAGUGCCACACUCCAUCCGCGGCUUUCUGCACUCCUUCCAAACGAUUAUGCCGACCUACGCUAAGUUCAAGCAGUGCAUAGCCUGCUCCGAUGUUAUCAUAAAUAAGUACAGGGAUGAUGGCGUGAAGUUCCUGAUGGAGGUGUUCAACAGCGGCAAGUAUCUUGAGCAGCUGAGCGGAUUGGAGGAGUUGCAGUGGAUCGCUGAAGUGACGGAGCUGCUGGUGCUUUCGGAUGAAGACACAGAG